UGGACAAGCAGCAGAGAAUAUGCAAGAUCUGCAACAGGCGGUUUGCCAAUGGUAAAGCCAUGGGCGGCCAUAUGAGAUCUCAUUUCUGCAAACUACCUAUUCCUCCCAAACCCAAACCCACCAACCAUGGUGGCCCAAAACCCCCAUCUUCAUCUUCUUCUGUACUGAGUUUUCCUGUUGAUCGACAGAGCGAUACGGAAUCUCCAAGAAACCCAACUAGAAGAAGAUCCAAACGGCUGCGCAAAUCUGUUUCGAAAUUGGUGCAGUCACUGCUGGGGCGAGAAUCGGUAAGUUCAGUCUCUCAAACUUUUUCUGAUAUUGAAGAAGUUGCCAUGUGUCUUUUAAUGCUUUCAAAGGAUAAAUGGGUGGAAGAGGAAGUUGAUGACGAGGAUGAUGAUGAUGUUGAUGACGGUGAUGAUGAUGGUUAUGAGUCAUCAUGUGUUAAUGGUGUCAAGUUCCGAUGUGAGACAUGCAAGAAGAGAUUCACAUCUUAUCAAGCUUUGGCUGGACAUAGAGCCAGUCAUAAGAACAAGAACAAGAAGGUUCAGAAAGAGGAGAAAAUGAAUGUUAAUGGUGAAGGUAAAAAAUUAUUCAAGUGUCCACUUUGCAGUAAAGUGUUUAAAUCUGGACAAGCACUUGGUGGACAUAAAAAAGUUCAUUUUUCUUACCUGAACAUUUCUAAAUCAUGUAAUCAUGAUGAUCAUGAUGAAGUUAGCCAGGUGGAGUUAUCAUCAAUCUGCAAUACAGAUAUGUGUGAUCCAGUAAAUACACCUUGA